GGGAGGUUACUGAUAUAAUUGAGGUCAAAUCUGCAGUCUCCAUCAACAUUUCUUAAAUUUGUGAACUUUCUUCUUUAACAAAAGAAAAUUGAAAAUAUAAAUAAAGGGGAGCUCAACUUUACUGAGAGCUCAGCUCAGAGAUAAGCUUGUUGGGGAUAUUUUUUAAGCAACACAGAGAGGCAAGAGAAGGAGAAGAAGAAAGAAAGAAGGAAAGAAAGAAAGAGAAAGAAAGAAAGAAAGAAAAGUCCUUCCUUUAUGAGAAGAUUUGAAAAUCAAAGGGUUAUAUUGAAAACCAAGAAGUGAAGGGGAAGGGGUUUUAGUUUAUAUAUGAAGAGGAAGAGAGAAGUGGAAAAGGAAUCUGAAAUGAGGGCUGCAACAGCAGAGCUUUCAGUGUUGGCUAAGUUUAAACCUGUUGAUUAUGCUGCUUCUGACAUACCCACCAACCAAUUUCUUUCUAUUUGCAAUUUGAUCCUUCAAUUUCUUGAUAAGGUAGGACCAACAAUGACUGUUCUAAGACAAGACAUAUAUCAGAACAUUCAGAGGUUGGAGACCAUGUAUGAGUCUGAUCCUUCCAUGUAUUCCAAUAUGGUAGAAAUUCUGAAGAAAGAGACAAAUGAAGGUAAUGCAAGAAAGCUUACCAGCUGUAGCAGAGCCUUUCUUUGGUUGACAAGGUCCCUGGAUUUUACAGUGUCCUUAUUACAAAAGUCAAAAGAAGAACCUAGGCUGAGCAUGGAGCAAGCAGUAGAGGAUGCUUACAACCUUACUCUAAAGCCAUGGCAUGGAUGGAUUUCAUCUGCUGCUUUCAAAAUAGCUCUGAAACUUGUGCCAGAUAGUGAAACCUUUGCUAAUCUCCUAAUGGCCAAAGACGAAAAAAGUGACACCCUUGUGGAGGAAAUAGACUCCUUCGUUUCCCAGCUCUCGCCUUUCCUAGAAGAUAUCCAUAAUAUUCUGGUAAACACAAGUAUUACUUUCAGCAUUAGAACCACUUCAAUGACAGUUUACCUGCUGAGCUGUUCAUGUUUUUUUUUUUUUCCCAGACACUGUACAGGUUAGAUCGCUUAAAGUCUGCAUAAAGAAAGGCCAAUAGACAAAAGAAGAAUAGCUUCCCAAGUUUUGAGUUCUCUUUGUUACAUUUACAUUUUCUUAUGUACAGAAAACAUAUAAAUACAACUGCCAUAGGUACCACAGGAAAGUUUCCUUCUUUUCCAUCUAAACUUCCUGCAGGUAUUUUAGGCAUACACUUCUGGAUCUUUCUGUUUCAUACCGAUGUAACAGUUAGGCUUGUAAUGUAACUAGUAGAAUUACUAGGCCACACCUCGAGUUGUAAUCUUUAACUGCAUAAUAUAUGGUGUUUUCUGUUUAGCCAAUGUCAACAAAACAAUUAUCUUGAUCUGAAUGAUACAGAAAGUGGUUACUGAAUUCUUUCCAAAAAAUGCAGUUUGUAAUCUUUGUUUCUAAGCAAAAUUGUAUGACAAAAUUAACUGCAUUAGUUCAGAUCUCUCCUUAGUUAUCAAAGAAGCCUCAUUCUAAAUCACUCCAUCUAUAAGCAGUGUCAUUUGACCUAAAAAAAAA